CCCACUUAUAAUUACUCUCCACUUCUCUCUAAUUCACUCCCAAAGACUGAUAAACUACCGCCGGUGACGGAGAAUCAAGAUUUGGAGAAAUGGCCGUCACGCCGGGAUCUAUCUAUGCUGACCACCAUUUCCGGGCACCACCGCCUUCUCCGAUGGCCUCCGGCCGCAAUCCCGACAUCACCCACGACCUCCAGAGCGCUCUCAGAGUCCCCAAACUCGUCCUCCCCGACCGGGUUUUCUCCCGGAAGAAGCUGCUUCAAGAUCCGCCGGAGCUCGACUUCCGGCACCUGGAAUCGAUGGGCCCGGAAACGGCGUUCGAGAUUCUUGACUCUGCGGCGAAAGUUGGGUGCUUUCAGGUUACUAACCAUGGAAUCCCGGGUGAACUGAUCCGGUCAGUUCUUGCCGCCGGUGGCGGCAUUUUCAGCAUUCCGCCGGAGGUGAAGGUGAAGGCGGCACGGUCGCCGGAGAUUCCAUGGGGCUUUGAGGAGGUUCAUGCGGAGGAGGAGGGGGAGAGACAGGGGAGUGAAGAGUUUGUUUGGUGCCAUGAUGAUGCAGACUUUUCCAUGCAAAUGCAGAGAUUUUGGCCUCUCGGAUAUUUGGAUUUCAGAGACAAAAUGGGAAAAUUGUUAGGCGAUGUGGGUGAUAUUUCUGGGAAAAUUAUUGAGCUCUUGGAGAAGAACAUUAACCGAAGGAGACCAUGCCAUGAAGAGAAUAAUCAUGAUGAUGAAGAAGAAGCAGGAAGCUCCAAUAUAUGCUAUGUCCACAAACAAUGGCCUAAUACAGAUCAAAACAGCAGCUAUGAUUAUGAUGUGUUUAGAAUUUUGAUCAGAGGGUGUGAAUUUCCUCAUGCCUUGUCUCUACAUUUUACCAAUGGGUCUUCCACCUUCAAUGUAUACUCCAAGAAAUGUUGGCUCUCUUUCCAGCCCCGGGAAAAUGCUAUAAUUUUUACCGUUGGUGAUAGACUACAGGCAUGGAGUGCUGGAAGGUAUAAUCAUGUAAUAGGAAGAGCAGUCUUUGAAGAACAAAAGGACUGCGGCAUAUCAAUGGCUAUUUUGUAUUCUCCGCCCAAAGUAAAAGUUGAAAAAGAAAUAACAAUUUCUUUUGUCCAACAAAUUGUUAUUGCAAUAUUAUUGAUGUGUAUUUACCAAAUUUUCGUGUUCAUUGUAAAGAAAAUAUGAUAUGUGAAUCUUAACACCUACACAAUCAUUUUUCUUUUAGCUACCAUUUAAUCUCUUUAGAUUUUCUUAUAUUUUUUAUUAUUAUAUUGUACGUGUUUUGUGUUUGUAUUUUUCUAUUUUUAUUUUUCCAGCAUGUAAGGCUUGUAUUGCGUUCAUCAGUUCGGUUGAAAUGAUCAGAGCGAAUAUGAUGAUGUCUUUCUCUUUGUAAAAUGUAAAUCAGAG